GAUGAAGGCUGUUCUUCUCUGGGAUCAGCUCUGAAGUCAAACCCCUCCAGUCUGAGAGAACUGGAUCUGAGUAGAAACCAGCUGCAGGAUUCAGACUUGAAGCUGCUGAGUGGUUUUCUGGAGAGUCCACAUUGUAGUCUGGAGACUCUGAGUCUGUCAGGCUGUCAGAUCUCAGAUGAAGGCUGUUCUUCUCUGGGAUCAGCUCUGAAGUCAAACCCCUCCAGUCUGAGAGAACUGAAUCUGAGUGUAAACAAGCUGCAGGAUUCAGGAGUGAAGCUGCUGAGUGGUUUUCUGGAGAGUCCACAUUGUAGUCUGGAGACUCUGAGUCUGUCAGGCUGUCAGAUCUCAGAUGAAGGCUGUUCUUCUCUGGGAUCAGCUCUGAAGUCAAACCCCUCCAGUCUGAGAAAACUGAAUCUGAGCUUCAACCACAAGCUGCAGGAUUCAGGAGUGAGGCUCAGCCUCCUCUAA